GAUAAACCAAUGGAAUAUAAACCAAAACCCUUCUAUAGCCCUGAUAAGGUCGGAAGUUGUCAUCGCUUGUAGAGUUGUAGACCGCAGCUACGAACUUCUCUCGUCGCCGGUGAUUCAUCCUUUUGAUACCCCUGUGGUGCCUGAAUAACUUGCCAAGAUGCAGAAUGAAGAGGGACAAAACAUGGAUCUCUACAUUCCAAGGAAGUGCUCUGCCACAAACAGACUGAUUACUUCCAAGGAUCAUGCUUCUGUCCAAAUUAAUGUUGGCCAUUUGAAUGAGCAUGGUGUCUAUGAUGGAAAAUACACUACUUUUGCUUUGUGUGGAUUUGUUCGUGCACAGGGAGAUGCAGACAGUGCUCUUGACAGGCUCUGGCAGAAGAAGAAAGCCCAAAUCCACCAAUAGUGGUCUCUUC